UCUGAGGUGAGUAACGUCGAAAGAAAUACUGCUAGUUUUGGAACAAAAACGACUGCGCAAUUAUUUAUUUUAAACAUAAUCCAUCAUAACAAAGCUAUUUUAAGAUUAAGGUGUGUAUGAACACACGAAGAAAACAAGUGAAUGUAUCUUAAAUGUAUUUUUCGUUUUGUUUGCUCUUUUUUUCCCCUUCAGGUAUUUUGAAGGAAGAGUGGCCGUCGAGGACUUUGAACAUUUAUUCAAAAAAAAACAAUUUUUUUCUUCAAGUAAUGGACAUUUGAUUACUAUUUUUGCCUCCAGUUUGUUCCAGAGGGAAAAGCUAGUUUUUAGCUGCCACAACCCCGCCCAUAAACCAGUUUGUUCCAGCCAUAGAUUGUUAACGUUAUAAAAACAUGACGGUUAACGAUAUAAAACUGAUGUAACAAGAGAUCUGUUGCUGUAAAGCACAAUAUACAGUAGUAAUAUAGCUGCUCGAGACGCUGAAGUAUUUAUAAGAUGGCGGUGGGCCCGGUGGACCCCAGGGAGGUCCUGAAGGGAGUAGAGAACCUGCUGGGGAAAGAUGGAGAGCUCCGCAGCCUGGAGGGUGUCCCCAAAGUUUUCAGUCUCAUGAAGGGCUCUCACAAGAUGGUGAGCAGGUGUAUGUACCUGAAUAUCCUACUGCAGACCAAGUCCCAUGACAUUCUCAACCGGUUUAUCCGAGUGGGAGGCUACAAGCUGCUGAACGCGUGGCUGACCUACUCCAAAUCUAGCAACAACACCCCCCUGUUACAGCUCAUCCUGCUAACGCUGCAGAAACUGCCCCUCACUGUAGACCACCUGAAACAGAACAACACUGCCAAGCUGGUCAAGCAGCUCAGCAAGACUGGAGAGACUGAGGAGCUGAGGAAGCUGUCUGCUGGGCUGGUGGAUGGCUGGAUGGCUACCAUCCGUUCCCAGAGUGUCUCCGCCACCUCUCCUGCAGAUAAGAAACGGAAGAAGGAGGAGGGGAAAGUGCCAGUCCGAGAGGUGAAGGCGGCUGAUGGAGGGAAGGCAGCGGAGGAGGAGAGGAAGAGGGAGAAGCCCAAAGCUCACGCUCCCAGCCAUGCUAAGAUCCGCUCCAUAGGCCUGGAGAUGGAUGCUCCCUCCCCUGUCCCAGUCAAGAAGCCCCCCGUGGCCCUCCAGCUGGGAGACAAGUACAACAUCAAACCAUCCCAAGUCCUCAAGAGACCCAGUUUUGGUCCUCUGGACCCUCCCCCUGUGGAGAAGAAGUAUAAACCCCUCAACACCACUCCUAACCACACCAAGGAGAUCAAGGUGAAGAUCAUCCCGGCACAACGUAAGACCUCAACAGAAAUCGCCCUUGAGGGUACAGGCUUCCUGGAUGCCCUAAACUCCGCCCCUGUUUCUCUCAUCAAGAUCAAGAAGAAGAAAGGAAGGGAAGGGAGAGACCCCAAAGCUGUCUCUCCCACGUCAAACAAGCCGUGUCCAUUCGAGGGUAAAACUCACUAUCCUUCACCUCAGGGUGGCACCAAGCCCUCGUCCCCAGAGACCCAGGUGGCCUCCACCACCCCUCCCCACGAGGUCCCAGUAGACCUGGAGCAACCCGGCACGCCCGUGCCCGCCGACGACCCAGAGGCCAUGGACACGGGCAGCGAGAAGCCCAGCGCCCUGGCUGAACCCCGCGGCGAAGAGGAGGGUCAGCUGACCAAGAAGGGCAAGAAGAAGAAGAGCGUGCGCUGGGCCGAGGAGGAGCAGCUCACACAGUACUUCUACUUCGACCUGGACGAGACCGAGAGAGUCAACGUCAACAAGGUCAAGGACUUUGGCGAGGCGGCGAAGCGCGAGAUGAUGAUGGACCGCCACACGUUUGAGAUGGCGAGGCGCCUGUCCCACGACUCCAUGGAGGAGCGCGUCCCCUGGAGCCCCCCGAGGCCCCUGGCCCUCACCGGCCCCCUGGUCAACGCUGGUGCCAAUAGCACAGAGAGACUCACACAGAGAGACCGCGAGACGGGCAUCCUGCAGGAGAUCUUCCUCACCAAGGAGAGUGUUCCUGACAGCCCCCAUGAACCAGAGCCUGAGGCCUAUGAACCCAUGCCUCCACGCCUCAUACCCCUGGACGAGGACUCGACCAUGGUGGAUGACAGCUACAUGGAGCCCAUGGACACGUCGUCCCAGCCUGGCUCUGGCGUGGGCCCCGGGGGGGUGGAGGGCUCCAAGCUGCCCCCCGUCCUCGCCAACCUCAUGGGCAACCUGGGGGCCAACAACCUUUUGAGUAACCUAGGCAACAUUGCCCAGGGCACGCCUGGUGCCCCCGCUAACCCCUCCGUCAACGUACAGGAGUUACUCACCUCCAUCAUGGGAGCUAGUGGUGGCCAGUCUACUGAGGACCUGAUCAAGCAGCCAGACUUCUCUGAGAAGAUCAAACAGCUGCUGGGCUCUCUACAGCAGACCCAGAACCAGGGCCCCCCCACCGGACCCCCGCCCGGAGUGAGCCAGGGCCUGUUGGGCCACGGUCCAGGCAUGAACAACAUGCCCAACAUGGGCAUGCCCAUGAACGGAGUGGGGUACCCUCCUGCAGGCAAGCCCCUGGGACCCGGAGGCCCCCAUUAUAACCAUCCUCCGCCCCCACACAACCAUGGACCCCCUGGCUUCAACGCCAACCCCCGCAUGAUGGGCCCCCCGCCACCCCAGGGCCACGGAGGAGACAACAGCAACUACUGGGGGGACGACUCGAUGAGGGGGGGCCCACACCGGGGCGGAGGGGGCCACUUCCACCGAGGGGGCCGAGGGAGAGGAGGGGAACAGGUGGGCUUCAGAGGGAGAGGACGAGGGGGGCCUAGAGGAGGACACAACAUGGGAGACAUGUCCAAGAGGCCAGUGUGUCGCCACUUCAUGAUGAAAGGAAACUGCCGUUACGAGAGCAACUGUGCUUUCUACCACCCUGGCGUCAACGGUCCUCCCCUGCCCCACCACCCCGCCCACAACCAGUACAAUGACCACGGACCCCAACACGGGCACUAGACCACCAACACACCUCGAACACAAAGACAUGACAAUACCCUGAUACUACCACUAGGUGGCAGAACUCCGAAUUCAUGAGCUGCUGGUUUAGUUUCACCACUGGAACAGAGAGACAGACAGCCCACCAGGCUAGAAAGAGAGUCAAAUGUGACCAUCAAUGUGAGAGACAGACAAGGCUGUGUCCUGCAGCCUUAACAGCUGCUCUGGUCUGGUAAUCUCAAUGUGAUUUUUCUGCAGGUCAGUUGAAGAAGCAGUUCUACUACUGUUCUCCUACUGUGUGACUGGGACUUUGAUAUGAAGGCUCACCAGUAGCAGAGGAAGAUACUGAAUAUAGAGGGCAGAAUCAGACAUUUAUCUACUACUUCCUCUUCCUCUCUCCCCACACCAACCCAAUAUAUCCCCCAAGAAAUUCUCGACUUCAUACGUCCAUUUUUGUUUGCCCUGCUCGCUCAAACUCCCUUGAUCAGGGACAGAGGACAUUGCUUGUACACCAGAAUACACAGACGCUCAUGCCCUGGCUUUGUAAAAGUAUAGGUACUCUGCUAUAGCUGUGAGAUGAUCAUUUAGUAUGUUUGUUUAAAUGUUUUAUUGUGAUCAUUUUUAACACAGUUGCUUCAGGUUGAUGAAGAUGUACAGUAACCAGACACUAUGACCACUAUGACUUAUGGUUGCGGUCUGUCACUUUCCCAUAUAGCCUAUCAGCCAGCCUUGUCUAAUGCACUUGUCUCUACAUCUUUGUCUGCUACUUCAAUCAGCACUGAGCUAAGAGGUCAGCAAUGAAGAUGGCAAAUCAAUAGAAACAUCUCCAGGAUCUCCCCAGUAUUGAGUUGGACUUCUUGAAGCUAAAUUACUCUAACAUCAUUCUGUUCUGUAGUUGUGUAGCGUCACUCCUGCCCUGGCUGUGCCUAUUGGACCAUGUUCCCCUGACAGACAGGAUCUUUAGCUAACCGUCAGCUCCAGAAUGAGUCUAAGCCCCACCCUCCCUCCUGAAUGACAAUGUAGCGCUGUGGUCCCCUGAGUUUUCAAACUGUAGUCAGAAAGACGUGGCCAAAUUACAAUGGUCAGUACACCAUUUUAAAACAUAUUUACGGCCAAGUGGCAUGCAAGAAAGACAUGCCACUUUUUCUACCGUAGGAUUUCAACAGAAAACAAGACAAUGAAUGUGAAGUCGACCAAAUAAUUGUAACAUUGUUUGAUGUUGUUUGCCAACUUCCCCAUAGGCAAGAGAGGUAUCAGUUAGGAAGCACUUUAAGAGGAAAGAUGAGGGCCAAAUCCAAGUUGUUUCCACCAGGCAGCCUGACUGACAGGACAGGACCCACCACACUGCUUGUUCUACUAUCUAGCUCCUGCUCUAGAAAGGCCUGCCUCAAACAGUUCCCCUCAAGAUCAAAUGAACGAAACAGUAUUAAGAAAACUGAAACACCCAUAGAUGAAUGCCUACGCACUGAACGAACAAACGUGUUGCGUUUUCUGAUAGUUAGUACUAGUGUGCAGCCUAUCACAUGAGAGGGGAACAACAGGAAAAAGCAUGGCUUGAUUUGACUGAGCCUUUUACCUAGAAUAGUACAUUAUAGUGAAUGAAGUUCUGGUCUAAUAGAAGCCUCUGAUUUUUAUAUUUCAACAACUGUAUAACCUGUACUACCAGGAGUAUAUAUCUCUUCCAUGUGACAAAAACAAUGGUUGGAUGCCCUGUGGCAGACACACAGUCCCCUUUUAUAGAAGUGCUUCUUCACACACAGGCCUGUAUUAGCUUGUAUGGGCUUCAGUGUUCGGUCAGUGUUAUGUCCAACGGGGUAAAACUAAGGAAUCAUUCUCUGGGUCAACUAAUUCAAAGUGUUUUCUGUGAAAACCGUGGCCUUCAUGUCUCUUGUGGGACUAUAAUUAUGUCAAAUUUAGUUUUGGGUUGGAUUUAUUGCAUUUUUAUUUUGAUAUGAUACUGAUGAGUUGGAUCUCUCCAAUUAGGUCCAAGUUUUUGUUAAAUUCUUGUAUCCAUUUAUUUUGUACAUGUAUUAAUAAAUGUCCUAAAAUGAA